CUAGACCAAAGAGACUACCUACAUACAGAUAAAAAUGAUAACGGGAUAAGAUGAUGGACCGCAAAUGUGACCUGCAUGUCUAAGAGGUCCACUGUCUUUUACUAGUGGCGUAUUAGCCCCGCAACGGCUCCUGGGUUUGGAUGUUUUAGCCUCCUCCACUCCGCGACCCCCACAACUCUUUACCGCUGAAUCGUAACUUUUUUUUGAACUUCUGACUUCACGUCAUUCGUCAUUCGUCAUUCAUCAUUCGUUGUUUCAUUUCACGUAGCACUGGAUAGAGCUGUGCUAAGAGGUCUUAGGGCCCUGAUCGCGUAGUCCCAGUUUCCCGGAUAUGCUGCCCGUCUUAAGAGUUCUUCGACACAAUGUCCGUCACCCUACACACCACUCAGGGUGAUCUCAAAAUUGAGGUCUUCUGUGAAAGCGUGCCCAAGACCGCUGAGAACUUCUUAGCACUAUGUGCAUCAAACUACUAUCACCAGUCGCCAAUUCACCGAUUGAUCCCCGGGUUCAUGGUUCAAACAGGUGGCCCUGCAGACCCUACGCCAGAUAACCCAAAAGGCGGCCGGUCAAUAUGGGGCGGGACAUUUGAGGACGAGAUCCGGCCAGCCCUUAAGCAUAAUGCCCGUGGAAUUGUAUCGAUGGCAAAUAAAGGACCCGGGACCAACGGCUCACAGUUUUUUAUUAUCUUCGAUAAGGCGCCUCAUCUGGAUGGCUUAAAUACCGUGUUUGGAAAGCUUAUUGGGGACGACAGUCUCGCUACUUUGGCUAAACUAGAAGCACUCGAAGUGGACAAGAAGAAUCGACCAAAAGAGAAGGUGUCGGUCGAGAAGGUGACUAUCCACGCUAAUCCGCUGGCGGCGUGAGUAGCACAAUCUUGCUCUACGACAC